AUGAAAGAGACGUACAACGACUUGUAUACCAAGAAAGGUCUCUUGUUUAGUGUACAAAAAGAGAAAGCACAGAGGACUAAGUUUUCUCCCUUUGCAAUGUCUUUGUCGUUGUUGCUUGCAGGGGACAACGGAUCGGACCCGGGGAGGUCGCACCGUUCGCCCACCUUUCUAAGCAGGCCCUGCCCCUGCGUCCCAGCCGCACCUGACCCCUCCCCGCAAGUCAUAUCCAAAGACAUCAUCGUAUCAGACUCCACGUGGAUGCGUCUCUACCUCCCCACCACCGCACUACGUUUGCCUAAACAAAAAUUCUCUCUCGUCGUCUACUACCACGGCGGAGGCUUCAUCACCGGCAGCGUCGACUUCAAACUGUACGACGACUUCUGCAACCUCAUGGCGCGCGAGCUCAACGUGGUCGUCGCGUCCCCUUCGUACCGGCUAGCUCCCGAGCACAGACUCCCGGCGGCGUACCACGACGGAGCGGACGCUCUGACGUUUAUUAGAAAGUCCGACGACGAGUGGAUCAAAUCUCACGUCUAUCUCUUUAACGUGUUCCUCAGGGGGACAGGCUCCGGUGGUAACUUGGCUUACAGUGUCGGACAUAGAGUCACCAAUGUACUUGAUCCGUUACGUAUAUGUGGAUUGAUCAGACAUGUGAACGAUCAGGUUUUUCCGCCUGCUGUUGGAGACCUUUGUUGGGAGCUUUGUCUCCCUGUCGGAGAGAAUAGGGACCAUGCGUAUUCGAAUCCGACAAUGGGAGAUGGACUGGAGAUACUCGGAGCGUUGAAGUGGAAGGUGAUGGUGUGUGAAGGAGGAGGAGAUCCGAUGAUAGAUAGGCAUAGAAAUGUGGCGAAGUUGAUGAAGGAGAAGGGACUUAAGGUGGUGGAAUGUUUUAGCGACGGCGAUGUUCACGGUGCUGAGCUCGGUGAUCCGUCCAAGAGUGAAACUCUGUUUGCUUCCAUCAAAAGUUUCAUUUCAUCUACACCGUAUCGUUUUUAAAAAACAUCCAUAAAAUAAGGAGGCUUAUACUAGAGGCCCAUCCCAGCCCAAUAUCUUAAACCCGUUUAAAGAUUACCUUUAUCAUAAAUUAUGUAUUGGUUUGUGGAAAAAUUAUAAAUAAGAAGCCCAAGAGGCUGUCUCUCUCUUUUGUUAGACAUGUCUUGUUCUCUUGUAGAACAUGGCAUGGACAUUUCUAUACUUCAAUAUUGUGG